AUGGUACAUGAGAAUUUGAAUAAUGCUGAAUAUGAUAUAAAAGAUAAAAAUGGUGAUUUGGAUACUAAUGCACCGAAUCCAGUCAAUACCAAUCCCCAAUUCAUGGGUGAUUAUCCACAACCAAAAUCAACAACUUCGAAAGUUCCUGAAAUGUCUCCAUCCGUUGAAGCAGCUACUGGAUCACCUGCUAUCAAUCGUCCACCUAAACCUCCUGGACCCGCAUUAGGACCUUUUUUCCAGUUUAUUUCAACUGAUUUAAAAAAAAUGCUAUGGAUAGGUAGUGCAUUAAUCUUUCGACACGUUUCAUUCAAUCAGCCUAACAUCGAAUUUGUUUGUGAUCCAAAAGUCGACUACAAUUGGGAAAUCUUAUACGAAAAUAUCUUUGACUUGUGUGCUUAUCGUGUUAAUAUUUUCAUUGAAUUACGUUCUGGUGAAGGUGAGGAUAAAAUCAUUUGGAAAAUCGAUUGGGAUAAUAUAAAGACCAGCGGUUCGUUUCUCAUCGCUCGUUGUGAUCAAAAAUGGCGUGGAGGUUUUUUCUCAUGUAAUGGAUUUGAUGCCUAUGUUCCGAUACAAGUAGCAUCAAACUUAACUUAUUCUAAUGUUUGGAAUCAUCUUCUUUCAAUCCAUGAAGAAACUCCAUUACAUUUGUUAUUGUGGGGAGGUGAUCAAAAUUAUGUUGAUUUUAUUUUUGAAGAUAUUCCAUUCCUUCGUGCUUGGAUCAAUAUGGCAUGGAAUGAGAGAUGGACUACUGAUUUUCGAGAUGAUUUAAAAGAACAAGUUGAACAAUAUCAUUUUUAUAUGUAUGCAGAAAAUUGGGAUCUUCGUGUCGAAGUGAAAACAGCUUUAACAUCCAUUCCAAGUUUAAUGAUGUGGGAUGAUCAUGAUAUAUUCGAUGGAGCUGGAUCUUAUCCUACGUUACUCCAUGAUAGUCCAGUGAUGAUGGGAUUAUUCCUAGCUGCACAGAAAAUGCGACUUCUGUUUCAACAUCACACCACACUAGAAAAAGCUCGAGAACAUCAAGUAUUUGGACAUCAAGGAUAUAAUUUUUUCGCUCGUUGCGGUCGACAUUUAGCGAUUCUUGGCGCUGAUCAACGAACUGAACGUGAUACGCAAACUGUUCAACAUGAAAACACUUGGAAUAUGAUUUUUGACAGACUUGAAAACAAUCUGGAAGAUGUUGAGCAUUUAAUCGUUUUAUUUCCAGUUCCAUUUUCGUUUAUUCGUGUUCAUAUCGCCGAAUCCAUUUUUGAACGUUUAAAAAAUCUUCCCAAUAAAUGGCGAAGAGUGCCACUUAUCAAACAAACUAAUUCGAUUUUCGGUUUACCUGAACUUUACGAUGAUCUUCUCGAUGAAUGGACUCAUCAAUCUCAUAUUGAAGAACGAAAUCGUGUUCUCCUUCGUUUUCAACAAAUUGCCGAAGCGAAAAAAGUUCGAAUCACUUAUUUCAGUGGCGAUGUUCAUUGCUGUGGCAUCGGUCGGUUUCAAACUAGAGGAUCUCAUCGACCAUCACCAAUCAAUGACGCGAAAUUAAUGUAUCAGAUCGUUUCAUCUGCUAUUGUUAAUAUGCCUCCAUCGAAGAUGGCUAUUCGUGUUGCUCAUCGCUUCAAAUCCAAAUGGGAUCCAGUCGAUAACACCGAAGAAGAAUUAAUUGAUUUUUUUGAACGAAGCCCAGAAAAUGGAGGAAAAGUUUUUCAUAAAAAGUUCCGUCCAAAUCGAAAUUGGUGCUAUUUCGAACAAUGCUCAAACAUAAUGUCCUCGACUGUUACUAUCGUUCAAACACGAUGUCUUCAUUGUCUUCCAUCCAAAGGAAGUCCUGUUGCACCAGUCACUUUAGGUCCAAAUUCUAGCCAAGAAGGCAAAGGUGGUCAAGAAUCUCCGAUCUAUCACUAUUCACACCGAGAAUUGUGUCACGAACUGGUUGGAACUGAUCAACGCCUAAUCGAAACUCAUGAUUUGCGAAUUCGAUUAUGGUUAGAAAGUGCUCAUAAACAUCAAGAUGGAAGACAAUUUGUUGGUUAUGAUUUACUCAUUCCUAAUCUCAAAUAA